CAGAGUCCGGAGCAGAAAGGGCCCAAGGGCAGCGCCCUGCUCCCAUCCGUGCCACUGGGCUGCACGGAGGAGGGAGGUGGAGCUCCGGGGACAGGAGGCAGUUCCUCUGUGUUUGUUUAAAGAGCAUGGUGUGGUGGGUGUUUAGGGCCAUUUGGAGAGAGCGGCUGCCCCGGGAGGAGGGGGCAGUGAAGUACUCUGAGGCAAGAGCAGCUUUCUGAGCUGAGGCCUCACUCUCACCUGCUGGCAUGCCACCCCAAACCCGGGCUCGGCAGAGACUUUUGAUCAAAGGGGGAAAAGUUGUGAAUGCUGACCUCUCCGUGGUGGCUGAUGUGUAUGUGGAAGAUGGAGUGGUGCAGCAGGUGGGACCAAACCUAAACCCAGAACCCUCAACUGGACUUGUGGUGCUGGAUGCGACCAACAAGCUGGUGAUCCCUGGGGGCAUUGAUACUCACACACACAUGGAGUUCCCUUUCAUGGGUAGCAGGUCAAAAGAUGACUUCUACACUGGAACCAAGGCAGCUAUAGCAGGAGGAACCACUAUGAUCAUUGACUUUGCCAUCCCUCAGAAGGGUUGUUCUCUUACUGAAGCCUUUGAUACAUGGAAAAGCUGGGCAGACCCCAAAGUCUGCUGUGAUUAUUCACUGCACGUGGCAGUCACCUGGUGGAGCAACAAGGUGAAGCAAGAAAUGGAAAGUCUUGUUCAAAACAAAGGUGUCAACUCCUUCAAGAUGUUUAUGGCCUAUAAAGACAUAUACAUGGUCAAUGAUGAGGAGCUAUAUGAAGCCUUUUCCUGCUGUAAGGAACUUGGGGCGGUUGCUCAAGUCCAUGCGGAGAAUGGGGAGCUAAUUGCACAGGGUGCAAAGAAGAUGCUGGCAAUGGGAAUAACCGGCCCUGAGGGUCACGAACUCUGUCGUCCUGAAGAAGUGGAAGCUGAAGCUACACAAAGAGCGAUUACCAUAGCAAAUGCUGUGAACUGCCCCCUGUAUGUAGUCCACGUAAUGAGUAAAUCUUCAGCAAAGGUGAUAAGUAAUGCACGAAGGGAAGGAAAGGUGGUUUAUGGGGAGCCUAUUGCUGCAAGUCUUGGCACUGAUGGCACCAACUACUGGAAUAAAGACUGGGCUCAUGCUGCAGCAUAUGUGAUGGGACCCCCACUGAGACCAGAUCCAUCUACUCCUGGUUUCCUCAUGAACUUACUGGCCAAUGGUGACCUGUCUGUGACAGGGACUGACAAUUGCACCUUUGACAUUUGUCAGAAAGCUCUGGGCAAAGACGACUUCACAAAAAUCCCUAAUGGAGUGAAUGGUGUGGAGGACAGGAUGUCAGUCAUAUGGGAAAAAGGCGUUCACAGUGGAAAAAUGGAUGAAAACAGAUUUGUAGCUGUUACCAGCACAAAUGCAGCAAAAAUCUUUAACCUUUACCCAAAGAAGGGCAGAAUUGCUGUGGGCUCUGAUGCUGACAUUGUAAUUUGGGAUCCUAAAGCUACAAGGACAAUAUCUGCAAAGACACAUCACCAGGCAAAUAACUUCAAUAUAUUUGAAGGAAUGGUCUGCCAUGGAGUUCCAGUUGUGACAGUUUCAAGAGGCAAAGUGGUUUAUGAAGGUGGAGUUUUCAAUGUCACAGCAGGAGAAGGCAAAUAUGUCUCCCGUCCACCAUUCUCCCCAUAUGUCUACAAACGAGUCAGACAGCGGGAACAGAUAAAAGCAAAUGAAAAUGACCUUGCUGCCCUCACCAGCAGUUCCUUCUGGGUCCAGCAAUCAAUCUACAAUCAACUUCUCAAGAGCCAACAUGAAACAAUAACCAAUAAGCCUUAUACUUGGUUUCCUACAUAAAAUUGCCGUUGAAAUUUAUCUUUGAAAAUACUUUUGCUAUAAGAACUGGAAAAUUGUUUUAGAAAAUGGAGUAGUAAUAAUAAGAAAACCCCUGCAAUUACAAUGCCACAGCUCUGUACAUUCAUAAAAAUAUGUAAGUUUUGGGAUGGUAUUUCUCAAUGUUUAUCUUUAGAAGGUAUCAGCUACUCAAUAAAGUGAAAGCAAU